AUGGAUCACAAACUCAAUGAACUGACCGAAAAUAUUAAACAACGUGGUCGUGAAGGCGCUCACCCUCUGUUUAAGGAAACAGGACCAGAAUAUGUGAUGCCUAAGUUUCCCAUUGAAAGAAAAGAAAUGGAAGAACACAUUUUGGAGUUGAAGUUGGGCAGGUCAAUCAGUUCAGUAGAUGGUGAUUCUAAACUCCACACUGGUGAAGAAAAUCGAGAUUCAACCUAUGCAAAUAAUUUAACAACACCUAAAGCUUUUGGUCUCGAUAACUGUAAUUCUGUUAGUGGUUUAACGAAUGGAUCUGAAUCAAUCGGAUGGAGUAGAAAGAGUCAUGCAUUUACAACUUUGAAUAAAAGUGAUAGAGUUAACGAAGAAGCUUCUUCAGACUCGUUAUCUCUGCUACCUGAAGAGUUUACUGGGGAACAAAAUGUUCGAUUUAAUCCAUCUACUUCUUCAGGUAUUAACACAUCAUCUUUGGAAUUUAGUAAUCGUGUACAAUCAAGGCUUAGUCAGAGUGGUAUACAAUUUCAGAAUGAGCAAACUGGUGAAGGUCCUUUAGUUCGCCGGUUAUACAGUAUCCCUAGUACAGUUAAUGAAGGUCUCCCAUUACAUUUAACACCUGGACCAAAUACGUACACAGAUGUUGCACCAGUACUUCAAGAAGUUGAGGGAUCAGCUGAAGCACAUAUAGAAUCAGCAGCCGUAGAAUUUCAACGUGUUCAGAUCUGUGGCGAUGAUACACUUGGAGUUCCUGUCGACGAUUUACAUUUAGCUUCAGAAGCCUUAAUCAAAGCCUUAUUACUACGUCAGAAGUAUAUCACAUCAUCGCAUCAGACAUUUCAUCGUACUACUGCACGUUAUUUAAGUGUAUUGCAUUCAGGUUCAGUAAAAUUGUUAGAUCAUGAAGAGAAACGUUACAAAUCUGUACAUACUCCUGUAUUCGACCAUCCAAUUAAUCCACCUGAAAAAACUGGUGAUCCUUUUGUAAUUGAUUAUUGGCCUAAACCAUUAGAUGUGAAAUUUGAAUUCUAUCAAGGUAUAAUGCAUAUUACGCCUAAAUAUGAAUUAUUAAAUAAACACAAGAUAAAUUCAAUAAAUAGUAGUAUAUUGAAAAAUAAUAAAAACUCAAUUGAACAAAUUGAUCAAUUAAUAAUUGAUGAAGAUUUACCAGAAUUCAAUGUACCUUGUUUACAAACAUUUUUCUCAGAUUUUGAUACAAUACGUACAUUUGUAGCAGAUGGUCCAUUGAAGUCAUUUUGUUAUCGUCGAUUAACAUAUUUAGCUGCAAAAUUUCAAUUACAUUCUUUAUUAAAUGAAGCUCGUGAAUCACUUGAACAGAAACGUGUAUCUCAUCGUGAUUUCUAUAAUAUUCGAAAGGUUGAUACACAUUUACAUGCAUCAUCAUGUAUGAAUCAGAAGCAUUUAUUACGUUUUAUCAAGAAAACAAUUCGUACUAAAGCAGAUGUUCAUGUAUGUGAGGAUCCAAAAACGAAACAGCCUAUGACAUUAAGUGAAUUAAUAGAUAAAAUUGGAAUAACCCUUUAUGAUUUGAGUAUCGAUAAUUUGGACGUUCAUGCUGAUCGUAAUACAUUUCAUCGAUUCGAUAAAUUCAAUGCUAAAUACAAUCCAAUUGGUCAAAGUCAACUAAGGGAAGUAUUCUUAAAAACAGAUAAUUAUAUUAAUGGUGUCUUCUUUGCACAUGUUUUAAAGGAAGUGUUCUCUGAUUUCUCUGAGUCAAAGUAUCAAAACGCUGAACCACGUCUUUCGAUCUAUGGUAGAUCAAUUAAUGAAUGGGAUAAUUUAGCUAAAUGGGCAAUUGAUUGUAAAGUUUAUUCAGAUAAUAUACGUUGGUUGAUUCAAGUUCCACGUUUAUUUGAUGUUUAUCACGCUAAAGGAUCUAUGAAGUACUUCCAGGAUAUUAUUACAAAUGUUUUUCAACCAUUAUUUGAAGUAACUGCUAAUCCUAAAUCACAUCCAGAGUUACAUGCAUUUCUACAAUAUGUUACUGGUUUCGAUUCAGUAGACGAUGAGUCAAAAUCUGAUAAAAUUGUUUCAAUGUAUCAACUCCAACACCGGAUAAAUAUGAUUUAA